UGCAUCGCCCCCCGGCCCCCCGGGGACCCCCCGCCCGCCGGCAGAGCCAUGAAGCUGCAGGCGGUGAUGGAGAACCUGCAGCGGCAGCAGCGCGCGCGGCUGCAGCAGGCGCUGCAGGAGCAGCAGCAGCAGCCGCCAGCACGCUGCACGUCCCCUCCAGCGCAGCCCUCGCAGCCCCCGGGGCAGCCCCGGGGCCGUGGGCAGGAGGCGGCGGCGCCCUCGGAGGAGGGAGCGGAGCCCGAGAGCGCGCACAUGCAGCGGGCACAGAUGGCUGCCCUGGCUGCCAUGCGGGCGGCUGCCGCCGGCCUCAGCCACUCGCCCAGCCCGGGGCUGUCGGAUGAGAGCCAGGCCUCCGAGGAGGAGGAAGAGGAGGAGCGCGGAGAGGAGGAGGAAGAUGGCGGCGGGUACCAGCAGGAGAUGGGCUCUGAAGAGGAGGAGGAUCUAAAGGGCAAAUGGGAUGAAGAUGACUUUGAAGAGGACCUGGGUGAGGAGGAAGAGGAAGAAGAGGAGGAGGAGGAAGAGGAAGACUACGAGGAAGAAGAAGACAUGGGAGAGGAAGGGCUCAGCUCGGCAGAGGCGGUGCGGGCGGGCGCGGGGUCCCUGCUGCUCCGCAAGCCCCCAGCGCCCCAGCACUACCGGGGGGAGCCCCCACGGCUGCCGGGGGGGCAGGAGCGGCUGCCCCCCGGCCUGGGCCACGCUCAGCCCCCGCCACCAGCCCCUGACCACGGCGACUGGACCUACGAGGAGCAGUUCAAGCAGCUGUACGAGCUGGAUGGCGACCCCAGGAGGAAGGAGUUCCUGGAUGACCUGUUCAGCUUCAUGCAGAAGCGUGGGACCCCCGUGAACAGGAUCCCCAUCAUGGCCAAGCAGGUGCUGGACCUGUACAUGCUGUACACGCUGGUGACCGAGAAGGGGGGGCUGGUGGAGGUCAUCAACAAGAAGCUGUGGAGGGAGAUCACCAAGGGGCUGAGCCUGCCCACCUCCAUCACCAGCGCGGCCUUCACCCUGCGCACCCAGUACAUGAAGUACCUGUACCCCUACGAGUGUGAGAAGCGUGGGCUGAGCAACCCCAACGAGCUGCAGGCGGCCAUCGACAGCAACCGGCGGGAGGGCCGGCGGCAGGGCUUCGGGGGCUCCCUCUUUGCCUACUCGCCUGGUGGCACCCACGGCCUCCUCUCCUCGCCCAAGCUGCCGGUGCCAGCGCUGGGGCUGGCGUCCGCCACCAACGGCGGCGCCAUCACGCCCGGCCAGAAGAUAAAGAAAGAGGAGGACUCUCCCAUCCCCAUCUCCAUGCCCAGCCGGCUCCCGGUGUCCCUGGCCGGGCACCCGGUGGUGGCGGCGCAGGCGGCCGCGGUGCAGGUGGCAGCGGCCGCCCAGGCCGCGGCGCUGGAGCAGCUGCGGGAGAAGCUGGAGUCGGGGGAGCCGCCGGAGAAGAAGCUGGCGCUGGUGACGGACGAGCAGCAGCGGCUGAUGCAGCGGGCGCUGCAGCAGAACCUCCUGGCCAUGACGGCCCAGCUGCCCAUGAGCAUCCGCAUCAACAGCCAGGGCACCCGCUCGCCAGGUCAGUGCCGGCCCCGGCCCCGCGGCCCCGCGCGGCUCCCGGCCCCGGCGGGCUCGGUAACGCGGCUCUCCCCGGCAGAGAACCGCCCGGACGCCGCCGCCGCCAGCAGCAACGGCACCAACAGCAUCAGCAUGUCCGUGGAGAUCAACGGCAUCGUGUACACGGGUGUGCUGUUCGCCCAGACGCCCGGCCCUUCCUCCUCCUCUUCCUCCUCCUCCUCCUCUGCCUACAGCAAAGGCAACGGCGGCAGCAGCCGGAGCAGCGGCGGCAGCGGGGUGGGGAGCGGCGGUGGGAGCGUGCCCCCCGCCCCGGCCGGCCUGGCCGUGCCCCCCAGCUCUACCUCCAACAGCGCUUCUUCGCCUUAA